UCGUUGUUUACCGCCCACUGAUAAACACAAAGAAGAAGAAACAGCUAGAGCAAAAGGAAAUCUUCUCGUUCCAUGUUUUUUUAAAGAAAUGUCAGACUCUCCCGACGUUCGUAGCCUGGUAUCUGCUUCCUCCCAGCUUAGCCUGAUGGAAGUGGACACGAUUGAUGAUAAGGAGUUUGACAUUCCUCAAGUGGACACGCCUCCCACACUAGAGAGUAUCCUUAAUAAGCUGGAGGAUGAAGAGGAACCAUUUCUUCUGGAGGACACCUGCAUACUAAACACAGACAACAUUGAUGCCCACUCAUGUGAUACGUCCUCUUUGGCCAGCUCUGAUAGCGGAGACCCAGCACACCUUAAACGGCAUGAACACACAAAGAUAAAGCGAAGAACAAUGGAUCUGAACACAACAGUUCAUGGGUCUGUCCUUCGACACAACCUGCUGAAGGGCAUCUCUGCACAGAUAGUCUCUGCUGCUGAUAAAGUAGAUGCCGGGCUGCCAACUGCUAUAACAAUGUCAGGUGUGAUUGCUGUUGGAACUUCUCAUGGUCUGGCUUUGGUCUUUGAUACCAAUCAGGCUUUGCGUCUCUGCCUGGGCACCAAGAUGACGGGGGCAGAGUUUGGGGCUGUAUCAGCCAUCAGUAUCAACCAAGAUUGCUCAAGACUUCUCUGUGGGUUUGCUAAAGGACAGAUAACAAUGUGGGAUUUAGCUACUGGGAAGCUUUUGAGAACCAUCACUGAUGCCCACCCUCCAGGGACAGCCAUACUGCAUGUGAAGUUCACAGAUGAUCCAACUCUUGCUGUGUGCAAUGACAGUGGAGGAUCAGUUUUCGAGCUGGCCUUCAGGAGGGUGAUGGGGAUGCGCUCCUGUGAAUCACGAUGUCUCUUUAGUGGUUCUAAAGGGGAGGUGUGCUGCAUUGAACCGCUGCAUGCUCUCCCUGACUUCAAAGACCAUCCCAUAACGCUUUACUCUCUGCUGGCCAUGGCCUCUCUCACUAAGAUUCUGGUAAUUGGACUAAAGCCCUCCCUCAAAGUCUGGAUGACAUUUCCCUACAGCAAGUCUGAUCCAUCCAGUGUUCCUCAGCUGGCCUGGCAGUUUGUUCCUGUUCAGAAGAUGGUCAACCCAAUCUUGGCUUUUUGCAAAGGAGAUACAGUUCACUUCCUCCUGGUAAAAAGGGAGGAAGAGGGCACCAUCCAUGUCAUCAAACAAAGACAACUCCACCUCAGCUGUGACAUCAUCAGCCUAAGUUGGAUUAACAGUCGCACACUGGUCCUGGUAGACAGCCAUGAAAAAUUGCAGGUUGUGGACCGGCCCAGUCAGGAGAUUUUGGAGACUCUGGACUUGGAGCAAGUGCAAUUGGUUUAUAACAGUCGACAUUUCAAAUCACUGGCAACCGGAGGAAAUGUAUCCCAGGCUCUGGCUUUAGUUGGUGAAAAGGCCUGCUACCAAUCAGUGUCAAGCUAUUCAGGACAGAUUGUCUAUCUGGGCACCAAAUGGGCUCACAUUAUGACUCUAAGGAACUGGAGAGAGCGUAUAGACUGUAUGCUGAAGCAAGAACAUUUUGUUGAGGCCCUCGCUUUAGCCUGGUCUUUUCAUGAAGGAACUGCUAAAGCGGUAGUUGGUUUGUAUGGUGAUCCACAUAAAAGGAAGGUUGUGGUAGUGGACAAGAUGGUAGAGAUACUUUUCCAGUACACAGAGCAUGCUUUAAAGAAGUGUCCAGAACAAGGCAAGAUCCAAGUGAUGGAGCAGCAUUUCUAUGAUGUUGUUCCAGUGCUGGUGGAUUACUGCCUACUGCUGCAAAAAGCUGACCUGCUGUUCAACCAGUUGUAUGAUCGGCUGGUGGAGAAUGCUGUUGCCAAUGCCGUCUUCCUAGAGUCCUUGGAGUCGUACAUUGUUACAGACCGUCUUUGUCACCUCACUGCACCCAUCAUGAGGGACCUUUUGGCCCAUUACCAUGAAAAUGGGAUGAUGGACAGUCUGGAAAGAUGCAUAGUCCACCUAGAUGUUACUAACCUGGACAUACAGCAGGUGAUUCAAGUAUGUUGGGAUAAUCAUCUCUAUGAUGCAAUGAUCUACGUUUUCAACAGUGGCAUGAAUGAUUACAUCACACCUAUGGAGAAACUCUUUCAUGUGAUUGGACCACCACUUAGAGAGGGGAGGAGCCUAACAAAUGAGGAAGUGGUGAUGGGAAACAAACUGCUUGUGUACAUAAGCUGUUGUCUUGCAGGAAGGGCAUAUCCACUAGGAGACAUUCCAGAAGAUCUUGUUGUUCAAGUCAAAAAUCAGGUGUUUGAGUUCCUGAUCCAUCUCCAUUCAGCCAACUCGUCAGAGGAAGAGGAGGUUUUUCCAUUCAUUCGUACUGUCCUCCACUUUGACACAAGGGAGUUUCUCAAUGUCCUCGCUAUGACAUUUGAAGAUUUUAAGAAUGACAAGCAGGCACUUGAGUACCAGCAGAGGAUAGUGGACAUCUUACUUCAAGUGAUGGUGGACAACCCAGACUUUACUCCCUCCCAGGUGGGAGGUCUCUUUACCUUUUUGGCUCGACAGUUGGCCAAGCAGGACAACACACUUUUUGUGAACAGGAAGCUCUUUGAUCAGGUUCUGGAGUUCCUGUGUUGUCCAGAUGAUGACUCCCGACAAACUGAGAGACAGCAGGUUGGGUUUCCCUCCCCAGAGUGGGAGCUUUCCUGUCCUCAGUGCAUGAGGGUUCUUCUGGAACUGCUGCAGGUUGGGGGAGUAGUCAAGUUAAAUGAAGAAAGGCUGUUAUCUCUAGCAGAGAAGGCCAAGUUCUACCAAAUCUGUGAAUUUCUAUAUGAGAAGAAAAACAUGCAUGACAAGAUAAUUGACUGUUACCUUCAGGAUCCUCUCAGAAAGGUGGAGAUCUUUAGCUACAUUCACAACCUGCUGUCCAUGCCUGGCUACAGUCCUGAGGAGAAACAAGCAGUCAAGAAUAAAGCACUUCAGCACAUAACGGAAUUAGUGACCAUUGCCCCCAGCAAGUCAGCUGACCUAGUCAUGUUUCACUUCACUAAAGAGGUGCAGCAGCUCAUCGCUGAGCUUCAGGAUGACCAGCUACUCUUUCGGUUCCUCAGCUGCCUCCUGGAGCCACAAGAGAGACAUCAUUCAGGAGCUAUCCUCCUUCAGGAACAUGACCUCCAUGAGCUUCUGCUGGAUUUAAUGUGCCGAUUUUCUCCUGAACAGCUUCUUAACUUUCUCCAGGCCUCCCACCACUACAGGCUGGAGGAAGCUAUAGAGAUCACACAAAAGUACCAUCUGAAUGAGUCCACAGCCUAUCUGCUGGAGAGGAAGGGAGAUAUCCAUGGAGCAUUUGCCCUCUUGUUAGAGACAUUGAGAGACAAUCUGUGUGUCCUAACAGCUGAAGGUGGGACAAAUGAGGAGAAAAACUGCAAAACAGUGACCACAGUGGAGUCGUCACUGAAUGACAUUAUUGCUCUGUGUUAUCGAAGUUCUCAGAACCUUAAUCAACAGCAAAGAGAGGUUCUCUGGUUUCCAAUACUGGAGACCAUGAUGGCUUCUGAGAAACAAGUAAAAGGGUCCAAGCACACAUCGGAGUUAUUAAAAGAGCUGACAAUGAAGAUUCUCAACUGUAUGAGUGGCUUUAUCUCUCUUCCCGCUGUUAUCCAGCGGUUAUUGCUGGACCCAGUGUAUGGGAAAGGAAAGCUGGCUGAGAUUCAAAAUCUUAUCCUGGGCAUGCUGGACACUUUUAACUAUGAACAGACCUUACUUGAAACUACAACCACUCUGUUAAACCAUGAUCUCCAUUGGUCUCUGGCCCAUCUGCGCGCUGCUGUUACAAGAGGACUGCAUCCUAGACAAGACUACUGUAAUAUCUGCCUCCAGCAGUAUAGGAGAAGGCAGACUUCUCCUGAGGAGAUCAUUGUGUUCAGCUGCGGUCACCUGUACCAUUUCCAGUGCCUGCAGCAGAAGGACUAUGGGUGGGGCUGUUCUUUAGUGCAACAACAGCAGUGGAGCUGCUACAAGUGUUCUUCUAGCCAUGGAGGGAGGAGUGGCCCUGCUGCAGAAGCGAAACGGGGCAGCAGCAGGUCUCUAGCACAGACUUGUGUUACAUCAGUCCAGCCCGACACAGGAGCAGAGACGGGCAGAAAGAAGGUGUUUGUCGAGGGAUCACUGGACCUUCAGCAGGAACAGUCCUGGGAUCAAUUGCGAAGUUUAUACAGAGGACCAUCCAGACUGUCAAUACUUUCAGAACUGUCCCACAGCCACAGCAGUGGCAUGAAAGAACUGUUACUCUUCUCUCAGCCUGUGGCAGAUAAUUUGAAACUCAAACUCUCUCCUCCACCCUUGCUAGAGGAGUAGGGCCUGACAGAUCAAGAAAGGGCUUUGGAUGAUUGAGAGAUUUGAUGUUGUUCAAGGAUUUUCUUUCUCAUAAAUAUUUCACUGAAUGAGUUUUUUCUGUAGUUUAACCUUGCUUUGGUUUGUCCCAUUUUAACGUAACUGCAGAGCUUCCGGAGGGAAAAGUAAAUUCUUAUGAAAUAUCUCAAUACAUUUGACUUUUUACCUUAAUCUUGUACUUUUCAGUGAGGAGGAUUAUGUGUUUAAUACUACUAAAAGAGAUCUUAAGUACAAAUUUUUGAACAAGGACCAAUCUGAAAUUUCAGAGGACUAACUUUCUAGUAAUUCUGUAUGGUCUUACUGUCACCUAGUAGCACCGCCAGGCUCAAGGUGGGUGGUCAUUUGUCUUGACCAGUUAGGAUGAGAAGAUAGUGAGGAGAGAGAAGAAAAGAUACUGGUUGGUAUGGCCAGUAGCUCUACAAUGAAAACAUUGAGGCUGGGAUACCUGUAGAAAGGUACAGACAGAGAAUAACCACGUUCGUUAUUUUAACUGCCAAUAUUCACUGUUGCAUUUUUAUUAUUUUUAAAGCAGUUCACAUGCUGUAAAUCCCCUACAAGGUUGUGUAAACUUGUGUAUGUGCACAGUUUACAAAUGAACCAAGAGAAGCUUAAUCAAAUGUACCCUGUAUCAAUACAGUGUUUAUGCUGGAAAUAAAAUUAUUUGUGGACUCAGAAGUAGA